AUGAAGUUCACUACUGCCAUCUCUAUUGCUACUUUUGGCUUCGUCGCCGGCGCUCUCGCCAAUCCUACUCCUGUCAGCAACGAGGCUUCUCUCGUCCAGCGUGACCUGGCAUCCAUCGAAAGCGUCAUCGGUGGAAUCACUAAACAGGUGAACCAACUCGACAGCGACGUCAAGGCCGGUAGCCUGGACGCUGUUCUUUCGGACUCAACAAGUUUGGUCUCCACCAUCAACGCCGGUACGAAAGCAGUGCAGGCAUCGGAUGAUCUUUCUACAAGCGACGCCUUGGACCUCGCAAACUUCAUUGGCACCCUCAUCACUGCUGUCAAUACCACCGUCACCGAUCUCAUCGGAGUCUCAUCAGCUGUGCAGUCAGCGGGUUUGGUGUCAACUAUUUUGACAAACCUCCACGACCAGUACACUGCAUCCGGGGCGCUUGCUGAUGCUAUCACUGGCAAAGUGCCUUCUUCUUUGCAAUCGCUCUCUGCUCAGCUGGCGGCCUAUAUCACCACCUCGCUUCAAGCGGGUAUUGAUCAUUACUCGUCUCUGCCUGCGACUUCGACUACUCCUAGCACCAGUGUUGGUUCGAGUACCAGCGCUACUUCUGCUCCAACCAGUCCUGACACCACUAGUCCUGUGACUACCAGCCCUACCACUGCCCCUGAUACCACCUCAACUCCUGCCUCUGCCAGCGGCUCACCCACCACAUCCCCCAGUGGCGCCUCAACUGGACCAUCCGGCACACCCGUCGGCGUAUCUCCUUCCUCCACAGCUGUCCCAGGUGGCGUAAAACCCAGCUCCAGCAAACCCGGUAGCGGCCCCUCCGGUACAGCAGGCUCGAGCACUAAGACUGGAACUUCGGUGCCUACAUACACCGGUGCUGCUUCUGUGAACGGGUUGAACAUUGCUUCGCACGGUCUGGUGGUUCUUGCUGCUGCUGCGUUUAUGCUCUAG